UUCUAUAUUUGUGAAUACUAAAUUGUGAUAUUGUCUUAUGUCUAUACUCAAAUAAACUUGGUUAUUGUUUUCAGUUUUUGUGGAAGUUGAUAAAUAUUUGGUGAUAUCUAAAAUAGUAAUUGUAUUUUACAUCGAUUUCGUGAUAAACUAACACUAUCACAGAAAUUCAGUUAAGUAAGUAAUCCUUGCAUUAUUGUUGUAGCGAAUGGAACCAUUUUUGGCGUCAAAUUAUGCCGCCAAAAACCAGAGGAAGUAAAACACUAAAAAUAUCUAAAGAAAAUGUGGGGCUGACGAAUAGAGUUAAACUUAAAGCGUUAGAAAAUACAAAAAAGCCUCAAAGAAAAGUGCUAUCUGAUAAAACAAACUCUGCUUCGGAUGACAAUGCCAAUUCGUCCCCAUUAAAGAAUGUUGAGACUUACAAAUUUGAAGAAACUGAACUAAAAAAGCCUCAACGCAAAAGAAAACUUCCAGCGAGAUAUCUUGAAAACCAAGCUUUGGUUAGUCUAUGUAACAGCAACAAUGAACAAAUUUCUCCUACAUCAAAACCUGUCAAGUCAAAGACUAAGAAAAAAUUACCUAUUAAAAAAGAUAUACAAAAAUCCCCUCUUAAAACCACCUCAAAAAUAUUAUCAAAUAGCAUAUUAAAACCACGUCCAAAAAGAGUUUGUAGGAUACCAUCCAAUUUAGACGGUCACUCAGUUAGCCCAAUCAAAUAUAUUCCAUUGCAACCAGUGAGUACCAGUACACCUGUAGCAAAUAAAACUGUUAAAAAUACUGCUAAAAAUAAAAACACUUCACUUGUAAAAACACCCAGUCCUGUAUUAAAAAAUGUUAGAAAACAACUGAAUAAAAAGAAAAAUGCCGCUUCUGCAGCUGAUACUAAUAACAAUGGUAAGAAGCAACAACAGAUUGAUAAAUGUUUUGAAAAACAAAUACAGUCUGGUAAAUCUAAAAAGAUUCCAUCAAAUUCUUUCAGAGUAUUUGAUGACAUUAAAAAGUCUCAAAAAAGAAAUUCAGUUAAGAAUGAUCCAUAUGAGUUUACAUUUGACCCAGAUGAGGAACCACCUCAGAAAAAAAAGAAGAAGCGUCUUGCUAAGCCAAGACAGCCAAAACCUAAAACAGCCAUUAAGGGUGCUUAUGAGAAAAAUUUAGCUAAAGCUUUAGCUACUUUAAAGAAUGCUUUGGCAAUGAAGACUCCAUCUGGUAGAGAUGUCCAAGUACUUAAUUCACAACCUGUAAUCAAUGUUAAUAAUGGUAGUAAAAAAAAUGAUGCUAUUUUAAAAACUCAAGUAAAUGAGAUAAACAAUAGUAUCCCAUGUGCAAAUAAUUAUAAUUCUGUAAGAAUUGAAGAUAUUGCAAUGGACUUACAAGAGCCCGAUCACACUUUAGACUAUUCACCUGUGAAUUCACCACAACAUAGUGUACCCAGGGUAGUGGCAGAAAAUUUGUCAGCAAAUAAAAAGGAUCCUUUGAAUCUGAGAGAUAGUUUAAGUUUCUUUGAUGAUCAGCCUGUAGCCAGUAGUAGUAUGAAUGCAUCAAUUAGACAUCCCACUGCUAGUCCUUGGAGAAUAGAAUUCGGCAGCUUACCAAUAAAAUGGCCAGUUAACAGCUAUGUUAAACCAAAUAUGACACCAGCUGUUGAAAGUUCUUACAUAAACUUUAAUGAUUCAAAAAAGAAGCAUGUUUAUACAAACAUUGUACCUAUAAAUGACACAUUGCCACAGGAAACAAGCCUCAAACAAACAAGCAUUAUUUCAUUUAUAAAGGAAGUUGCUGAACGAAAUGCUAAGAAGAAAAUGAAGUCAACUCCAGUCAAAUCAAAUUCACUGUUUGAAGAUAUCUCUAAUAAAUCUUUAAAUGCGAGUCCAACAAAAAGUGUAUCAAAGAAUAAUUCAAAAGAAAGUAAUUCUGGUCAUAUUGAUGUCAUUGAUGAGAAUGUAGAUAAUUCAAUAAUGAAAACCCCAGAAAAAAGUGAUUCUAAAAAAUGUGGAACAUUCUUUGGUUUUGAUGACACUGAGGAAGAUCAGGAGAAUGUUUCCCCACGUAAAAAAGACAAGAGACGAGCAUUAAGACCACGAUCAAAGGUGGUUUUGCAGGAAAUUAAUAAUGUAAAUGGACCGUCCAGGGCUAUCAUACCAGUUUCAGUGAAAUCUAAGCUAAUACUUAAUUCAGAUCCUUUGAAUAAUGAUUUUGAAGAUCCUAAAUUGGGGCUAGAGCCGCCACUAUUUCCUGAAAAGGAAACUCAUGUUAAUGGUGAAAAAACUAAUUUAAAUGUUGAAGAUGAUGACUCAAAUUCUGUACAUUUGUUUGAAGAUAUUGAUCUAAUUCAUCAUUACCAUCAGCCACCUCGAAAAAGUUAUGGAAAAGCAAAAAAAGUGACAUUCCGUCAGAAUUCUGCCACAGAUAGUGAUGAUUCUAAUGACGAGGAGCAGGUCUCCGACAAAGAAGAUAAUCUUGAUGAUUUAUCAUUUAAGUUACCCAGCACUAAGCCGAAAAGGGUGCAUAAGAAAAAGUUAACAAAGAAGCAAAAAAUUUCAAAAAAAGAGGAGCAGGAAUUGGAAAACUGGGCUACUGGAUUCAACUCAAUGUGUGAUGAUGUUGAAGAAUUUGAUCUGAUAGUUGAAUAGUCUUUAUAAGCUAUAAAGCUUUAUAUUAAAAAUAUAGCACUUAAGGUUGAAUUAUGGUUUGGUUGUCAUAAACAUACUAUGAUCCUCAAAUAAUUAAAUGUUUAAUAAUAAUUAUUAUGUUGUAGCUAUUGGAAGGUUAUAGUAUUUUUAGGUUUACUAUACAUUUUACACCAACAAUCUAAGAAAAUGUUCUACAGAUAUUAUUUGAAUUAUGGGAUUAUUAAUAAGAUUAAGUUUAACUUAUUUCCUAAGCGAGGGACCAAUUACUAAUAAGUGCAAUUUAACUGGAAUCAAUUAUUUUUAUCAUGGCGUCACGGUAUCAUUUGUAAUUCAUACAAUUAUAAACUGAACUAAAAUACUCUGUUGGCCAAGUUAAAUUAUAAAAUCACAAAGUUAAUUUUUUAUUUGGAUAAUACGAAUUGCCAUAUGAUUAUGCCAUUUUUUAGGUUUAUUUUAAUUUCAGAUAAAGGCUAAUUUUAACUAAGACGUAGAUGCUACGUCAUUUAUUUAUUUGACUUUUUUUCUUAGUUCUAAAUAUAAUUAAGAAUACUCGUGAAUUUUAUUUAAGACAUAAUAUGCUUCAGAUUAGAAUAUGUUUGUUUUUAAAAGAUUUUUGUAAAUAGCUUUAACUAUUUUAUUUGCUUGACAAACAUUUAUUUUAAGUUUUAAAUGAUUGAAAUUAUUAUGAGAAUUAAGGUAUGUAACUUGGGAAUUUAAUAAAUAUUUUUAGUAAACA